AUGUAUUCCGCUACGAGCUCAGGCCAGACAACCGGCAGUGUCGUCAGCGAGGGCAAUGAGACUCUCCAGACAUUAUCUGGUCUCAUCCAGAAGAAGAAAGUCCUGGCGGGCUGCGGCCUUGCCAGCGGCAACGUCUGGUGCAGCCAGAUCAUUGCGCGGUCCGGGUUCGACUGGGUGUUGAUCGACAUGGAACACGCCCCUAUUUGCCCAGAAAAGGCGACCGCCAUCACUCAAGCCGUGGUGGCCGCUUCAGCUGGUCAAUGUAUCCCCAUCAUUCGCACUCCUUCGCACGGGGUAGAAUGGGUGAAAUGGGCCCUGGAUUGUGGUGCCGCGGGCAUCAUCGUGCCCAUGAUCAACAACGGUGUAGAGGCUGAACGCGUUGUCCAGCACGCACUCUACCCUCCGCACGGCCAGCGCAGCUUUGGCCCAUUCCUGGCCCCAUUUGCCGACACUGACCGCUCCUCCGACGUGGCCAAAUACCUGACGAAGCGGGUUCCACAGCUGGCCAUCAUCCUCAUGAUCGAGUCGGCUGAGGGUGUCCGACAUGCAGAGGAAAUCCUGAGUGUCAAAGGGGUGACGGGAUGUUUCAUCGGCUCCUUCGAUCUUCGACAGUCCCUGGGGCUUCAAGGGGGAGACGGGGAGGAACCAGUCUUUGUUGAAGCCCUGGAAAAGGUGCUGAGCAUUGGGCGGCGCCACAAUUUGGCCGUCGGCACCGUUGCCAUGAGCGAGGCCGCCGCAAAACGCAAGACGGAAAUGGGCUUUAGCUUUCUCCUUUCGGGAACAGACAUGUUUUUCCUGGCUGCUGGUGCGGAGAGGAACUUGGAUCAAUGUGUCCGUGGAGUUCGGUCAGCCGAGGUAUAG